GGUCAGAAAGUCACGAGUACAGGCUGAGACUGCCGCUGCAGUUGCAGUAUGGACUCGGAGAGGGAUGUACGCGCACAGCUGCAGCGUGCGGGCCAGGAUCAUCUCCUGCGCUUCUGUGCCGACCUGGCUCCGGAGGCCCGAGCCGCGCUGCUGGCGGAGCUCGCCUCAUUGGAGGCGGACGCGCUGCGUGAGCACUGCCAGCGCGCCGCAGCUGCGGGAGCGCUAGCCCCAGGUCCUCUGCCGGACCUGGCCGCGCGCCUGCAGCCCCUGCCCCCAGAACGCGUGGGCAGCGCGAUCCACUGCGACCAAGAGACACGCCUGCGGUGGGAAGAGGAAGGUUUCCGACAGAUUUCUCUGAACAAGGUAGCUGUCCUGCUGCUGGCCGGUGGGCAGGGCACUCGCCUGGGCGUCACCUACCCAAAGGGCAUGUAUCAAGUUGGGCUGCCCAGCCAGAAGACCCUGUAUCAACUGCAAGCAGAGCGGAUCCGGCGUGUCCAACAGUUGGCUGACCAGCGACAGGGGACCCACUGCACUGUGCCCUGGUACAUCAUGACCAGUGAGUUUACCCUGGGACCCACAAUCAAGUUCUUCAAGGAGCAUGACUUCUUCCACCUGGACCCCACUAAUGUGGUGCUGUUUGAGCAGCGCAUGCUACCUGCUGUGACCUUUGAGGGCAAGGCCAUCCUGGAACGGAAAGACAAAGUUGCCAUGGCCCCAGAUGGCAAUGGGGGUUUGUACUGUGCACUGGCUGACCACCAGAUCCUGGAGGACAUGAAGCAGCGGGGUGUAGAGUUUGUGCAUGUGUACUGUGUAGACAACAUCUUGGUGCGGCUGGCUGACCCAGUCUUCAUUGGCUUCUGUGUGCUUCAGGGAGCAGACUGUGGGGCUAAGGUGGUGGAGAAAGCAUACCCUGAGGAGCCAGUGGGUGUGGUGUGCCAGGUGGAUGGUGUCCCCCAGGUGGUGGAAUACAGCGAGAUCAGCCCUGAGAUUGCUGGGCAGCUCGGGGCUGAUGGGGGCUUGCUCUACAACGCAGGCAACAUCUGCAACCAUUUCUUCACCAGAGGCUUCCUGGAUGUGGUUACCAGGGAGUUUGAGCCCUUGCUGAGGCUGCAUGUGGCCAUGAAGAAGGUGCCAUACGUGGAUGAGGAGGGAAAUCUGGUAAAGCCGCUAAGACCGAAUGGGAUAAAGAUGGAGAAGUUUGUGUUUGAUGUGUUCCAGUUUGCUAAGAACUUUGUUGCCUUUGAAGUGUGUCGGGAAGAGGAGUUCUCCCCUCUGAAGAAUGAUGACACAGCCGACAGGGACAACCCCUCCACCUGCAGGAGAGCCUUGCUGGCUCAGCACUACCGCUGGGCUCUACAGGCCGGAGCCCACUUCCUGGAUGUACACGGGGUCCAGCUAACAGAGCAGUCUGGCUUGCUCCCAAAUGGAGACCCUCCAGCCAUCUGUGAGAUCUCGCCCUUGGUGUCUUACUCUGGAGAGGGGUUGGAAAUGUACCUGCAAGGCCGACAACUCCAGUCUCCAUUCAUUCUGGAUGAGGACCAAGCCAGGCUGCUGCGGCCACAGGACUGCUAACCUGCCAGCUCCCAGGGUUUUUGGCCAUGGGGUUCUAUAGGGUGGUGAUGUGGUUCUGAGUGGCCAUGCUAGCCUUCAGGACACUGAAGCAAGUGUGCUAAUUGCUCUGAAAGGUUGGGACCUCUUGGAUCCCCCCCAUGGA